AUGCCUUGCGUUAGGAAAUCUACCCUCAGCUCCGCCUUGGCGGCAGCAACUGCAACUCUCUCAGCCAUCAACUCGGCUACUACCGUCUCGCCCCUCUCCUCUGCCACGGCCAGCGUUGUUGACACUACGUCUGCCGUGCCAACCUUGUCCUCUUCUAUUGUCGUGGCUGCCUCCUCGUCCGUCGCCUCCUCCGCAGCUGCUGCCUCGUCGACGGCGACGGCGACCAGCACAAGCGGCAACACGACCUAUGCCGGUGUCAACAUUGCUGGUUUCGACUUUGGUUGCUCCACUGAUGGAACCUGCACUGUUGAUGGCAUCACUGUCCCCAGCACCGGUGCCGAGCAGAUGCAGCACUUUUACUCGGCGGACAACCUCAACAUCUUCAGAAUUACAGUCGGCUGGCAAUAUCUUACCAAUGCUGUCGUCGGCGGUGACCUCGAUGCCACCAACUUCGCCCAAUACGAUAACUUGAUGCAGAGCUGCCUCGCCACCGGCGCCAAGUGCAUCCUUGAUAUCCACAACUAUGCCCGCUGGGACGGCGAGAUCAUCGGCCAGGGCGGUCCCACCAACGACGAGUUCGCUGCCCUCUGGACUUCCCUCGCCACCGAGUACGCCAACAACACCAACGUCUUCUUCGGCAUCAUGAACGAGCCUCACGACCUGACCGUCUCGACCUGGGCCGAGACCGUCCAGGCCGUGGUCACUGCCAUCCGUGCCGUCGCCCCUGACCACACCCUCCUCCUGCCCGGCAGCUCGUACUCCUCUGCCGAGACUCUUCCUACUGAGGCUGGCCCCUACCUGCUGAACGUCACGAACCCCGAUGGGUCUACCGACAACCUGCUCUUCGACGUGCACAAGUACCUCGACUCUGACAACAGCGGCACCUCCACCGAGUGCGUGACCAACAACGUUGACGAUGCCUUCUCCCCCCUGGCCACCUGGCUGCGUGAGAACAACCGCCAGGCUAUCCUGUCCGAGACUGGCGGCGGCAACACCGCCUCUUGCGAGACCUACCUCUGCCAGGAGGUUGCUUACCUCAACGAGAACAGCGAUGUCUACCUCGGCUAUGUCGGCUGGGCUGCUGGUGCCUUUGACAGCACCUAUGCCCUGACCCUGACGCCCACGGGUACCACGGCCGCUGAUAUGGUGGACACUGCUCUCAUGAGUGCCUGCAUUGCUCGUUAA